AAAGAAAAACAGCGCACGAUCUCUUCCAUACGUCUGCUCUUCUUCUUCUUCUUCUUCUUGCCGGUGUGACGCAUCAGCAGCUAUUUGUUUCUCUCUCUAUAUUUCUGGCUUUGGUUGAAUCAGACUUGGUUUUGUGUAGAGAAAGCAAAAAAGCAGCGUAAUUCGCCAUGGAGAACGGGGAAAUUCCGGAAAACGCCAAUGAACACUGCCCUGGUCCUCAAUCAGAGACAGCUGGACAAUCUGAUGCAUGCCAAGGAUGUCCUAAUCAACAAGUUUGUGCUACUGCUCCUAAAGGCCCUGACCCUGACCUGGUUGCCAUUGCCGAACGAAUGGCCACGGUAAAGCAUAAGAUUCUGGUUUUAUCAGGGAAAGGAGGAGUUGGUAAGAGCACAUUCUCUGCUCAACUGGCUUUUGCUCUAGCAGCUAUGGAUUUCCAGGUUGGUCUUCUUGACAUUGACAUUUGUGGCCCAAGCAUACCAAAAAUGCUUGGCCUAGAAGGUCAAGAAAUUCACCAGAGCAACCUUGGCUGGUCUCCUGUCUAUGUUGAGUCUAAUCUUGGGGUGAUGUCGAUUGGUUUCAUGCUUCCACAUCCUGAUGAAGCUGUUGUAUGGAGGGGUCCACGUAAAAAUUCUUUGAUCAAGCAGUUCUUGAAGGAUGUUUAUUGGGGUGAACUUGAUUUUCUGGUGGUUGAUGCUCCGCCUGGAACCUCUGAUGAACACAUUUCAAUUGUCCAAUACCUCGAUGCUACUGGAAUAGAUGGUGCAAUCAUAGUUACCACUCCGCAGCAAGUAUCCCUUAUAGAUGUGCGCAAAGAAGUCAGUUUUUGCAAGAAGGUUGGAGUUAAGGUUCUUGGGGUUGUUGAGAACAUGAGUGGGUUGUCUCAGCCAGUGAUGGAUUUCAAAUUUUUGAGGAUAACUGAGACAGGUGAGCAAAGAGAUGCCACAGAGUGGGUUACUGAGUAUGUGAGAGAGAAAGCACCAGAAUUGUUAAAUAUGAUAGCUUUCAGUGAAGUGUUUGAUAGUAGUGGUGGUGGUGCAGAAAAAAUGUCCAAGGAAAUGGGUGUACCUUUUCUAGGUAAGAUACCUUUGGACCCCAAGCUUUGCAAGGCAGCUGAAGAUGGUAGAUCCUGCUUCACUGGUCCAAACUGUGGGUUGAGCGCUGCUGCACUGAAGAGAAUCAUAGAAAAAUAUGUGGAGAACGAGGGGUUAUCAAAAAUGUUAAUAGAUGAUAAUGCAUAAAUAAUUGGCUUCAUUGAGUAAUCUUUGUGGAUCAAGAUUUUGUUUCUUCAUUUCUUUUUCCCUAAGAUAGUUGUGACAUAGUAUGUCAUUUGUGACAUAGUAUGUCAUAUGGUAUGCGAAUUUUCUUAAUUUUAUGAAAUAAUACUAGUGCCGGAGUAAUUAUAGUUCUGUACAAUCUUUAUGUUGUGAUGCUAUGAGGAUGUUCUUGGUUUAUAUA